AACACUCUUUAAACCUUACCAUAAUCUUCUUUUCUAUCAUCUCUUUAUUAAAUCCCACCUUCACCUUAAUUUCUCAUUUUUCUUAGACAUUUCUUCAAACACCUUACCUUCAAACCUUCCAAGCAUCUUCCAAUGGCUACUGUCACUUCCUCCACCGCCGUCUCCAUUCCUUCCUUCACUGGCCUUAAAUCCACAGUACCCAAAAAACCCACAACCGCUAAGGUCACCACCACCAUUUCCGCCGCCCCAAGAAUGUCCAUCAAAGCUUCAAUGAAGAACGUCGGAGCUGCCGUGAUUGCUACAGCUGCAGCAGGAAUCCUUGUGGGAAACGCCAUGGCGGCUGAAAUCUUACUAGGAUCUGAUGAUGGAGGCUUGGCGUUUGUUCCGAACGAUUUUACUGUCGCUUCUGGGGAAGAAAUUGUGUUCAAGAACAAUGCAGGAUUCCCACACAAUGUUGUAUUUGAUGAAGAUGAAAUUCCAUCUGGUGUUGAUGCGGCAGGAAUCUCCAUGAAUGAAGAAGAUUUGCUUAAUGCAGCUGGAGAAACUUACAAAGUUACUUUAACUGAGAAAGGAACUUACAGUUUCUACUGUGCUCCUCAUCAGGGAGCUGGUAUGGUUGGAAAAGUUACUGUUAAUUAAAUUAUCUUAUGUUUGGAGUAUUAAUUAAAUUUAAUUUUUAGCUUAAGAUGAGUUUGUUUGUGGAGCUAUAUAAAGACUGUCAAAUCAUUGAUACUAUCAAUUAUGCUCUCUCUUUUUGGUAGUUUCA